CUGGUUACCUCAUUAUUGCAGUGCAGUCCUCCGUCCACAUUCACGAGCAGCUCUGCUGUCACUAAUCCACCACAACUAUUAUGGCACUUCCUCUUCUUACAUCUUUGCUGAAUUCCCUGCAUUCCCACCUGCAAGCCCAAACCCAGCUCCUACCGACACUUCAUGCUCAGCUUGGUCUCCCUCCGACGGCGCUAGAAGAGGAACUUCUCUCGAUACAAGAGAAUCUGAUGAAAGGCGUUGAAAGCCAGAUUGAAUCGCGUCGGAAAGAAGUCGAUAUGUGGACUGAGAAGUGUGAAGCGGUGGAGGAAAAUUGUUCUUCCUAUACGAAGGCAUUGGGCGGAAAUAUUAAGUCAACGGGCAGUAGCACCGGAGAGCUGAGGAAAGAGAAGGCUCUUCCAAGACGAUAUGAGAUGCUUUCCGAACAUCAAGAGAAGCUGCGGCAGCUAUAUCAUACCAAACUCGAGCAAUUAACAACACUCACCAACCGUAUUAAUGUUUUGGCUCGAACGCUCGGUCAUGAUUUCUUCGCCUACGACGUCAUAGAAGCCACUGGGUUUCCCGGGUCGGACGAUGCAGAUCCUACUGCAAACCGCAACGUUACGCCAGAAAGGUUCUCCAAGCUAGAAAAAGAACUCGUUCGCGGGAAAUCAGAAGUUUCAAAGCGCCUGUCCCAACUAUCCGCUACAUUCGUCCAGAUUGAUUGGUUGUACACUGAACUUGGGAUGCCACCAGCAGCGGUGGAAGAUUCACCGUCAACAUUCUCAACAUCUUCUCCUAUGCCGUCUUUCUCUCUUUCACGCGCUGGUGCUUCGUUAGGAAAUAGUUGCAUGGAUCCAUUUACAAUAUCAACACCCACGCCAGCUUCACGAAACCAAUCUCUCAUAUAUCACCGUGAAGAAAUGUCGGACGCAGCUUAUCGUCGUAUCUUCGCUCAUUUCGUGGACAAGGUUGAAGAGGCUGAGGACGAAGGGCUAAGGGAAUGCCAAGGAACGCCAAUAGGACUGGAAAAGAUUGAUCCAACUCCUGGUCUGCUCAGAUGGGCAGAGAACCUUCGGGCAUCCUUAGAAGAAACCAAGCGCCGACGGGAGGCUCACAUUCAAGCCAUGUUUGAUGAGCUUGAAGGUCUCUGGAACCGGCUAGGUGUCUCCGAUGCGGACAUGGAUGCCUUCGUAGAAGCGCACCGUGGAAGUACAGAGGAUACUGUUAGGGAAUACGAAGAAGAGCUGGAGAGGAUGCUGGAGAUCAAGAGAGAACAGAUGGGCUCCUUCGUAGCAAGCGCAAGAGAAGAAAUUGAGAAACUCUGGGAUGAUCUGCUGGUUGGUGAAGAAGAGAGAGCCGACUUUGCUCCAUUUGCAGAUGGCGGGUAUCUCUAUAAUCUUCCCAUUCAUUUUUGUUCAAUGUCUGUGACAGAUGAAUGCACCGAAGAGCUUCUGACGAUACACGAAGAAGAAAUUAAACGACUAAAAGAGGAAAAACGAAUGAAGGCGCCUCUUUUGGCCGGCAUCAAGAAGUAUUUUGAGAUCUGCGAUGAGGAGAAGGAACUAGCGGCAGCCGCAUCUGAUCAGUCGCGUCUAUUUGGACGAGGUGCACGGGAUCCAGGUAGACUCCUCCGAGAAGAGAAGAUGAGAAAGAGAGUAUCCAAGGAGAAACCGCGGCUCGAACGAGACCUUAUUGCCUCUAUACCUACCUGGGAAGAAGAAGCUGGCCGUCCGUUCCUAGUCUACGGCGAACCGAUCCUUCAAGCUCUGAUGGUCACUGUCAGCAACGCUGAACAGGAGAACAAACGGAAGCCUGCCCGAGCCGGGUCUGUACCUCCACGAGCCACAACACCUAUUAAUCAUUCCUAUGCUCCGGCGAAGAGUGGGGUUGUGACUCCAGCAGUGCGACCGGCAGGAAGUAGUGCGCAAUCUGUGCCCAGUAAACGAAUAAAGCUCAGCGACUCGACAGGACCGCAGCGAACGCCUUUUGGCAUGUCUCGGGCGGGGAACGGUGCAGAAAGAUCAGCAUCACCUUCGAAGAUACCUGGAUCCAAAUAUCAGAGCGCACCAACUUCGCUACCCCGACCGAUAGCAAUGCCUGUACCGAAGCCUGGAACACAACAUCAUGCCCUCGGACAUGGCCGCGUCCCAAGUAGUGGGAUACUAUAUGGUGGUGUCGGCGGUUAUGGCCCGACUGGUAUACGGAGUGCGAGCGCGGUAUCGUCAUACAAUGUGGCGAGACUCGCCAGCAGCGGGGCUGCUGGGCUGGCGAAGAAAGCUUCGAGGGCGAGACGGGAGAGUUUCAAGCCGCGAACGAGCGUAGACCAGACUGAUGUUGGCCAUGGUCCAAUGCGGUGGACGGGCCUGACCGCUAGUGUCAAGGAGGAAGAUGAGUAUUGACAGUAAUGAUUUAUUUUCUUUGCAUGUUCAUCAUGAUAUCUGUUCACUUUCUGGUGACUUAGUGCAUAUGUUUCUUACACCUCUUCAGUCGUUCCUAAUGACCUAUGUUUGUAUUAUAUGAAUGUAGUUUAUAUGGUGACAGAGCACCGCU